GCCCCGCCCCGGAAGCGGCGCUGUCGCAGUGCGCGGCCGGAGCGGCGCAGCCGGAGCCGCCGGGGCCGCCCGAGCCAGCGGAGCCGCGGCCCCAGCGCCGGCCCGGGCCGCGCCAUGAAGGGCAAGGAGGAGCGCGAGGGCGGCGCGGCGGGGCCCGGCGCGGCGGGGCCGGGCGCGGGGGGCGCGGGCGGCGGCAGCCCCGAGAAGAGCCACAGCGCGCAGGAGCACAAGGAGCAGGGGAACCGGCUCUUCGGCGGCCGCAAGUACCCCGAGGCCGCCGCCUGCUACGGCCGCGCCAUCAACCGGAACCCCUUGGUGGCCGUGUACUACACCAACCGGGCCCUGUGCUACCUGAAGAUGCAGCAGCACGACAAGGCGCUGGCCGACUGCAAGCGGGCGCUGGAGCUGGACGGGCAGUCCGUGAAGGCUCACUUCUUCCUGGGCCAGUGCCAAAUGGAGAUGGAAAACUACGACGAGGCCAUCGCCAACCUGCAGAGAGCCUACAACCUCGCCAAGGAGCAGCGGCUGAAUUUUGGGGACGACAUUCCCAGUGCGCUGCGCAUCGCCAAGAAGAAACGCUGGAACAGCAUCGAGGAGAAGCGCAUCAACCAGGAGAACGAGCUGCACUCCCACCUGACCAAGCUGAUCGUGGCCGAGAAGGAGAGGGAGCUGGCGGAGUGCCGAAAGACUCAGCAGGAGGAGAACACAGACGAGAGCCGGAGCCGUGUUCAGCUGGCCAGCAUCGAGGCCAAACACGACAAAUACCUGGCAGACAUGGACGAGCUCUUCUCCCAAGUGGAUGAGAAGAGGAAGAAGCGGGACAUCCCUGACUACCUGUGUGGGAAGAUCAGUUUUGAGCUGAUGAGAGAGCCCUGCAUCACGCCCAGCGGGAUCACCUACGACAGGAAGGACAUUGAGGAGCAUCUCCAGCGCGUGGGGCAUUUCGACCCGGUGACGCGGAGUCCCCUGACCCAGGACCAGCUGAUCCCCAACCUCGCCAUGAAGGAGGUGAUAGACGCGUUCAUCUCGGAGAACGGCUGGGUGGAGGAUUACUGAGGGGCCGGGGGCGGCGCUGGCCCGCCCGGUGCCCUGGCACGGCUGGCUCUCCCCGGGCUGGCACCACGCCUUACUCGCAGCCCAGCUGUUCCCCCUCUGCCCCGGGCCUGGCGCUGGGCGAGGGCACGUCACCAUGUCCCCUUCCCGAGGAGCCGCAGCGGCUGGGCGGGCGCCACGGCUCCCCGGCUCCCUUGUCCCGCUCCAGGACCUGCCCGGGGGUUGGAAUGCUGGCUCCUCGGCAGUGGCCUCACCACCAUGUCUGUCACCCCCUCAGCCAGGGCAGCCGCAGUCCCCAAAGAGCACGUCCCGCUCCAGGGAUUGCCACAGGGGGCUUGCCGGGACGAGCACCUGGAGCCCCGUCCUGCCCUGUGUUUAGAGUUGUUUCCUCCUCCUUCCACCUCCUGCCUGGCCAGGGUUGGGUCCUCUUCCCAGUAAACAGCCACUUACCGGGAUGCUGCUGCACCCUCUGGCUUUUCCUGGGGAACAACUGCCCCAGGGCUGGAAAGGGCUGGUUCCCACCUCCCCUUCCCCACUGGGACUGUGGUUCCCUAAGAACAACCACCUGGGUUAAAGUUCUUCUUCCUUUUAAUGAAAUCCCUUAAAAACCCCACAAAAAAGAACCAACAGAUUUGCAUCCAACGGAGAUUCCAGCGUUUCGGUCGGCCGAUGGCCUGCCUGGCUUUUGAGCGCCCUCUGGAAGUUUGCCAAUGUCCAUUUAAAAAAAAAAAAAAAUAUAUAAAAAGAAUAAAAAAAAAUCAGCAAUAAACGUGGAAAAGGA